GAUUCCAUUAUAUAUAUACCACCUAAGGGUUAAGAUUUUUGUCAUUGAACUCACCACAAUAGUGGUGUUGCUGUCAAAUAGCCGCCGGACAAAUCAUCUGUCAACAAGAUGUGUUUCUAGUUUCAGCAAUUUUAUUUUAAGAAGUGAAAAAUGUAAAUCAUGGAUUUAACAACUCAAGUGUAUGAAUUGGCUAAAGAUAUAAAGGAGAUGCGGGAGGAUAUAACACAAUUAAAAGGCUAUAUGGACCGGCAAAAUGAUGUUAUAAACGAGUUAAUGAAGGGACAUCAAAUGCUGAUGAAGCGUUUGGUGAAGCAAGAGGAAGAAGAUGAAGAAGAAAAGAAUAUCCAAAGACCAAUGUUUCCGCUGAUGACACAAGAAGAUUUAGACAAUGCUGAAGCUUUUAUAGGAAUAGAUGAUCGAAAGAAAGACGAAAUGGUACGUUUUCUUAAACCACUUUUAAUGCCCGUUGGUCUUAAGCAGAAAAUAGUCUAUGUACUAUCUGAACAAAUUAUUUUGGACUACAACCUCGAAGGUACACACGGUAAAAAGCGCAUGUUGCAGUAUCAGAAACUUUUAAGUGUGUUAUAUACGGCAACCGAUCGACCGGGUUGGUCGUAUAAAUUAUUCUUAGAUGAUUUGCGUAGAGGUUUUCAAUUUGGGAAGAAGAAGCAUUUUAGAAAGAAAUGUAAUGCGAAUAAACUGCUGAAAGCUUCAAGGAAUCCACUAUCCAGCGGAGCUGAGGAUGAUAAUGACACAGAUUAUUAAAGUCAAUAAUGAAUAUGUUAUAUCAAGUAAAUAAAUAAAAAUAAUAUAUAUAAGAAUAAUUUUAAGUUUGUACUAUUGUAAGUAAUAAAUUAACUUUAACAAAUUUAAACAGUAGGAAUUUUAAAUGCAAUAAUUUAUAUAUUUACAUGUAAGAUAAAAUAUGUCUUUGCCAUCUUCUAUUAUUGCAAUAAUGUGUAAAAAUGAUAAAAAUCUUAAAUAAAUUCUCAAAAGAUUGCUGUAUGUAAUAAUUUUAAAA